AUGGACCCCGGGACUGUCAUCUCUGUGCUCGAGCUUACGCAGGUUGUAGUAAAACGGCUCGUCGAAGCCGGCCAGACAAUGCACGACGCUCCAGUGGGUCUGAACCGGGUUAUCAACGAGACCGAAAAGCUUCGCGUGCUACUGGACCGGCUGUCGAUCUUCCAGAAGGCUCUACCUCGAGAACAGCAAGAUAUCCUUGACAAACAAGUGAGUUCGACAGACUGCAUAGAACUUCUGAAAGAACUAGACGACCUCACGUCUGGCAAGAAGCCGGACAAUAAGGAUGGAGAUGGGAAAGGAGAGAAGAUGAAGCUGGCUGACAGGUGGUGGUGGCUCCGGAGGAAGGAUUUUGUCGAAGACAAGGUGAGAAAAUUGCAGAAACAGACAGAGUGGAUAUCGAAGCGACUGGUGAACGAGUACCUCUUUGAACAGCAUCACCAGCUCUCUCAAAAUUCCGAACAGGUCUCAAAGAUAUUGGAAUUAGUCAUAUCCAUGUCGUUGACGUUGAAUUCGGACCAAUCGAAAACUCCUCGAUUCGAUGACAACGGCAUAUAUUCCCCUUACAAGGCCGAGGGAAUUGCUUGGUAUGGGCAGUUCCGUUGCAAGCCAGGCCAGGAUUACACUAUGCCCUACUUUCGGGACCGACAUCUGCUGGCUGAUCUGGCUUGGGCUGGCAACUGGAACGGGGUGACGGAUUUGCUCGGCAGAGCUCGCCGGGACUACAAACAGAAUUGGAUCAACUGCACUUCAAUUUACAAGGCGACUGAGACGAACAAGAUCACCAGCGGAUUCAGGCCCCUACACCAAGCCGCAUGGUAUGGAGACAAGUCGGCAGCGGAGUCUCUGCUGAAAGAGGGAGCUUGGCGUCUUGCGAGAACAGUGCGAGACACGCACACUUCAAGCGAGUAUAGCACUCCGCUCGACGUUGCCCGAGAUCACGGAUGGAAGGAACUCUAUGACAAGCUCAGUCCCGUGGUCAGACGGCCAGUUAACCACAAAGCGCUACAGACUCUCCAGACCCGCCUCCACGACUUGAUCAAAGAUACCUUUGGCAGCCAUCCCGACGUGCAUCUUGAGUGCUUUAUCCUUCCUGAGCUGGAGAUCCUGACCGAGUUUGACCGGUCAAGGAUAUGGUUCCCCUUGAAUCCCGAACUGCGCGAUACAAGGGAGGGGCUCGCCGUCCACGUCAUCUUGGAACGUAACGAGCUCGUUGCUGUCAUGCGGUGGGGCAGAACCACGAGGAAGAACUAUCGGAUUUCAAUGUCGGGGGUGCAGGAAAUCCAACAAGCUGUUGUCCUUCACUGA